CAUUCUUCUUUUUUUCACUUUUCCAACAUGAAGCUUGCUGCGAUUGCAUUGCUGCUGUCGGCUUGCUUGGUCGCGACCGUUUCAGCCACUUCGUCUGCGCUGCCCACACGCACCGUGUCCUACGCCAACCAGCGCGUGCUCUCCUGUGAGAUGACGAGCAACGAGGGCGUCAGGCUGCUGCGCAACUUUGUCGACUCGCACCGCAUCGACAUUUGGCAAGACCACAACCCGAUGCACAUCCGCGUGACUGGACUCCAGGCGGCCUUGGUCGAGCGCAUCCCAGGCGUCGUGUGCGAGAACUACAUUGCCGAUCUCGAGGCCGCCGUCGUCGCGCAUGAGGCGGAACUCGCCGCGAUUGCCGCUGCCCCGACGGCAGGCUGGUUUGACGCGUACCACCCCGUCGACGACAUUCUCGCCUACUACAAGAACCUGACCGUCACGUACCCGUCCCUCAUCUCGUGGGUGCCCUCCAUCGGCAAGUCCACCCUCGGCAAGGACAUCCCCGCCGUUCACGUCACCUCGGCCAAGGGCUCGAACAAGCCAAAGUUCUUCAUCCAGUGCAACAUCCACGCUCGCGAGUGGAUUUCGUCGGCCGUCUGCAACUACUUGAUUGACUUCCUCGUCAAGAACUACAAUGUCAACAGCACCGUUGCCGCAAUCCUCGACUCGCAGGAGCUCGUCGUCAUUCCCGUCCUGAAUGUCGAUGGCCUCGCGUACACGUACAGCAACGAUCGUCUCUGGCGCAAGAACCUCUCCACCAACAAGGGCUCCAAGUGCCUCGGCACCGACCUCAACCGCAAUUACCCCUACCACUGGAACAAUGGCGGCUCGAGCUCCAACCCCUGCGACGACACGUACAUGGGCACUGCUGCCAACUCGGAGCCCGAAACCCAGGCCUCGGUCAACUACUUCCGCGCGUCGGCCCCCGCCAUUGCUGCCAUCGACUUCCACUCGUACAGCCAGCUCGUUCUCCGCCCGUGGGGUGACACCAACACCAACUGCCAAGACGAGACCCGUUUCGCCAAGCUCGGCACCAACAUGGUCAACACCAUCUACGCGCUCACCAAGACCACCUACACGAGCGAAAAGUCCAUUGGUCUCUACCCCACCAGCGGCACUGCCAGCGACUUUUUCUACGCCGACGACAGCAACAACAAGGGCUACCGCGCUGCUUCUUACACCAUUGAGCUCCGCGACACUGGCAAGCAGGGCUUCCUCCUUUCGCCCACCCAGAUCGUCCCCAACGGCGAGGAAAUCCUUGGCGCCUUCCUGGGCUUUGCCACUGACAUUGGUGCCAACCCCAUCGUCAACGCUUAAAGCAAAAACCAAAACCACUGAGCGGGUUCAACUCUCUUUUGCCGUUUGCUUGUUUGCUUGUUGCGUCGGUCGCGCGAAUAGCUGGUCGUUGUUCUCUUUGCUAGUCGUUUGCCAGUUUCUUGACUUGUGAUUUGUAGAGUUUUGUUUGUUUGUUUGCUUCUUCAUUGCUACCACAGUACAGUUGAACGUUCUUUUU